AUAGUUGCUCAUUAAUCUGGGGUUGAAGGCUAGUCCAGCUUAGUCCCUGGUCACCAGGCUAAUAGGCCUUAGCACUGAGGAGGCAGCUUCCAGAAGUUGGACUGGAGAGUAAGUUUCCCUUCUGCUACCCCUUCACUCUAAAGAAAACGUUGGUAAGGACCAUGCUCCUGCUUCCGUCGCUCCCUGCCCUUCUCCUGUGUGUGGUGGCCAUAUCCUCAUCAAAGUCACAAACCUGUGAGGAUGCCCUGAAGUCUUGCUCUGUAAUAGCCUGUGGCAGAGAUGGGAGAGAUGGACCCAAAGGGGAGAAGGGAGAACCAGGUCAAGGGCUCAGGGGCUUGCAGGGCCCUCCAGGGAAAGUGGGGCCUCCAGGAAAUGCAGGAGCUCCUGGAAUUUCAGGACCAAAAGGCCAAAAAGGGGAUCCUGGACACAGUGCAGCCAUUGAAGCAAAGCUGCUGAAUUUGGAGGCAGAGGUGAGGACCCUAAAAUCAGAACUGGAGCACACCAAGAAGUUGCAUGCCUUCUCAAUGGGCAAAAAGUCUGGGAAGAAGUUCUUCGUGACCAACCGUGAAACUAUGCCCUUUUCCAAAGUGAAGGCUCUGUGUGCCGGGCUCCGGGGCAAUGUGGCUAUUCCCAGGAAUGCUGAGGAGAACAAGGCCAUCCAAGAAGUGGCCAAAGGCAACGCCUUCAUAGGCAUCACAGAUGAGGUGACUGAAGGCCAAUUCAUGUACGUGACAGGGGGGAAGCUCACCUACAGCAACUGGAAACAGAACGAGCCCAAUGACCAUGGCUCGGGGGAGGACUGUGUCAUUAUGUCAGAGAGUGGCAUCUGGAAUGACAUUGCAUGCCAGUCUUCCUUCAUCGCUGUUUGUGAGUUCCCGGCAUGAGGAAGCUAGUGCCUCCUGCUUCUCCAACUCCUCUCUGAACUCUCAGUUGCUUCCUAAGAAAAUUCAGUACUGGUUUCUCAAGCUUAGUGUUAGCUGAUUCUUUUGAGGAGAGUGAAUGUAUUUGGCUGCGGCACGAGGACAUAAGGAGGCACCAGUGUCUGGUCAAGCACAGGGCAAAGGUCACACCUGUUUUGUUAGGGGCACAGCAUUGACUCAGAGUCAACUGUGGAAAGCUACAGUAAAUCCACUCCUUUUGCAAUGACGGACUAAAGGUGGACCAUACCCAUGUCACAGUGGCAGCUGAUCUCAGCCAUCUAAAAGGUCUGAUUCCUUUUUUCCAUGAGUUGUCACUAAAUGGUGCCAAACUCGAGUGUUUGAAACCACCCUCAGUCUA